AGACAAUAAGAAAAAUUACUAUUAUCUUCUUUACUUUUCUUACUGAGGAAAUAAUCCUCCUCAUUUAUCCGAUUUUUUGGGGUGUUCCGCGCUAAAAAUAGUUUCAAAUCUUGUCAUACGUGAAAUCUGCAUAAAAUUUUGUAAGAAUUUUAUUUCAUAUCUCCGUUUCGUAUUUGCAUAGUCAUGUCUUAGAUAGGGAAUUAUUUCGAGCAUUUAUGGCAUAAUAAUAAUAUAAAAAUAUUGCCGGGCAAGUGAUAUGAUUAUUUGGGGAAUAAGGAACGACGCUAUGUCCGAUGAUUAUUGUUUAUCUGUAGUAGCAAAAAAUUUCUAACAGGAUAUUUAAACCAAAUAGCUUUAGUGUGUGUGGGGGGGGGGAGGCCGUUUAUAUUAUUGAACCUAUGUCCUUUGUAUCCGCAUCACUUUACCUUCAAAUCCAAUAUCAAAUGUGUUAGCAAGAACAGUCGCAGUUCGUUAGUGGUUGUGAGAACAAUAGAGAAUUUUAACUAGUAUACACGUAUUUCUUAUCUUGCAAAGAGUCUGUAUUUCCUGCUUUUUAUAAUUUUAAUUUAAUUAUCCAUCCAGACGGCAGUUGAAAGAGAAAAUAAAUCUCAAUGAACGCCUCAGAGAUUAUCAAGCUGUGCAAAGGUAAGGGGCUGAACGGUGUGCCGAAGUGUUCGUUAGUAAGCAAUUGUUUGCCGCCAGAGCCGAUCAACCAACGAUUAACGGAAGAGCAAUUGUCGCCGCCGGUACCGAGCUAUCACGUGAACAGCAGAACGGAUGCAUUCCAUCCGAAGCUGCAGAGAACCUGCCUGGAUUGUCCCGUUGCCGUGAUACGCAAUCUCACGGCAACGCUCGAGAUCAAUCUGGACCUUUAUUCGACUAAGACUCUGGUUGAGACACGGCCAAAUACGAAAAUCGACAUACGCGAGCAGAGAAGAUACGCUUUUGAUGAGAAUUGGGACGAGGAGAGGAGAAAGAAGAACUGGGCGUGCACCAGUAAAAUGAGUUACAUGACGAUCAGCAAGUACGCGAAAUAUCAAACCGACAGGCUUCUCGAGGAAGAUCAAACUCUACUCGAGGAAAAUCGAAAUCCCAACUUGUCUACUUUCGACGGGCCCGACAAAGUGACCGAACGCAACAAGACGGUGAAAUUCGCUACGAAUGUGGACCUAUCGAAGCCAUGCUGGAAACCGCAGUUGAACGAAUUAACGAAGUUACCAUCCUUGUUCAAGGUGGAAUGUGCCGACAAUAUGCUUAGCUACAUGUGCCGCGAUCUCCUAGGGAUGAAUACCGUACAGUUAUACAUGAAGGUACCCGGCUGCAGAACGACCGGUCAUCAAGAGAAUAACAAUUUCUGCUCCGUCAACAUUAACAUCGGACCGGGUGACUGCGAAUGGUUCGCGGCGCCGCACGAGUACUGGGGCGUGAUAAAUUCACUCUGCGAGCGAAACGGCGUCGAUUAUCUGCGUGAUCCCUGGUGGCCGCCGAACCUGGAUGUUCUGCGCGAGAAUAACGUCCCGGUGUACCGAUUCGUUCAGAAACCGGGCGAUAUCGUGUGGGUGAACGUCGGCUGCGUGCAUUGGGUGCACGCGAUCGGCUGCUGCAAUAACAUCGCGUGGAACGUCGGCCCGUUCACCGUCAAACAAUAUCAGACAGCGAUAGAACGUUACGAGUGGAACAAGCUGCGGCAGUACCUGUCGAUCGUGCCGAUGGUGGAGCUUUCGUGGAACCUGGCGCGCAAAGCUAAAGUGUCGAAUCAGCUGUUGUAUCAGCUGAUCAAAAACUGCCUGUCGAACACGAUGAAACAAAAUUAUUUGACGCUGGAGUUAAUAGAGAGCAAGGGUCUGACAGUGAAAAAAUACGCUGACGAGUGCGAAAACGAUGAGACGGCUUAUUGUGAAGACUGCGCUGCUGAGAUAUUCAAUAUAAUAAUCUGCAAGCGCAAGAGCAAGAAGACGAAGACACAUCUGGUAUAUUGCCUGGACUGCGCGCUGAAGCAGUCUACUUCGCUGGAAAAUUUUGUCUUUUUGGAGAAAUGUUGUAUGGAAAAUUUGAUGAACAUUUACGAUAAAUUCGUAUGCUACUAAUUAUCGGUGCUAUCAUCACCAUUUCCUUAUUAUCAGCGUUGAUACUUUGAUGUCGCAGGUCGCAGACACAAACAGCUAAUCUUAUUGGUAUAGCGAUAUUAGAUAUAUGAGCAUCUCCUUCCUACGAAUAUUCUUGUCGAAACAUAUUACAGUAGCGAGAAUAAGCAUCUUUUUUUGUGGAAUUAUCGAAUUUCAUUCUUCUUUUAUACACUUAAUUUUAAGACUGAAAAACUCAUCGAACGUCUGUAUUGUGAAUUUAGAGUCAAACAAGGUUCCUAAUCAUGAACAUUAAAAUUAUGUGCACUCUAU